GUUGGUAAGAAUGGUAACUAGUAAGAAUUUUUGGCAGUGUCACCAAUGAAACCAAUCAAGAUUUCAGACACAUUUUUACACAAAACAAAAACCACCAUUAACUUGUGAGCUCACCUCUGUAGAUCUCAUCAAUGGCGUCCUCACCACCAUCUCCCAACACCCACCAACAUCCCCAACAACAAUUCUCCAUCAAAUUCGGCACCCAAGAAUCCCUCUCCCAAAUCAAAUCCCUCACCGACGUAAACACAAUCACUCGUCUCCUCCAUGAAUGCAUCGCUUACCAACGUUCCCUCGAUCUCGACCUCGAAUCUCUCCUUUCUCAACGCUCUUCUCUCGACAAUAACCUUUUCUCUCUCCUCAAAUCCGCCCAAAUCCUCUCCUUCGUUCGAUCAGACGCCGAUCAAGUCCUCUCCUCCGUCCGAUCCACUUCAAUUCUCGCCGAAAAUGUCUCCGCCAAAGUACGCCAACUUGACCUAGCUCAGUCUCGUGUUUCCACUACUCUUCUACGCCUCGACGCUAUUUCUCAGAAAUCUGCUUGCAUUGAUGCGGUGAAAUCGGCGCUUGGAUGCGACGAUUACGAGUCUGCUGCUAUUCAUGUUAAGAAGUUUCUAGAGAUUGAUGGAGAGUUUCCGGAUUCUUCUGGUGAUGCUCAGAGAGAGGAGAUGAUUGCGUAUAAGAAGCAGUUGGAAGGGAUUGUUAAGAAGAAACUUCUUGCUGCUAUUGAUCACAGGGAUCAUGAUUCUGUUGUUAAGUUUAUUCGCCUUUAUCCGCUUUUUGAAAAUAAUGAUGAAGGAUUGAAGAUGUAUGUGGGUUACUUGAAGAAGGUGAUUUCGUUGAGGUCUAGAACACAGUUUGAACAAUUGGUGGAGUUGAUGGAGAAUAGUUAUUCGAGUAGUAGUAGUACCAGUAAUAGCCAGGUUAAUUUUGUUGCUUGCUUGACUAAUUUGUUCACGGAUAUUGUGUUAGCAAUUGAGGAGAAUGAUGAGGUUUUACGUAGUUUAUGUGGGGAAGAUGGGGUAGUCUACGCUAUCUUGGGGCUCCAAGAAGAGUGUGAUGCUAGAGGUUCUUUGAUUAUGAACAAGUUUAUGGAGUACAGGAAAUUGAUGAAUUUGACCGAAGAGAUUAACUCUUAUAGUAAGAAUUUGCUCUCAGUUGGGAGUGUGGAGGGUCCUGAUCCGAGGGAGGUGGAGUUGUAUUUGGAGGAGAUUUUGUCCCUUACCCGGUUAGGUGAGGAUUACACCGUGUAUAUGUUGUCAAAGAUUAAAGGGCUGAGUUCGAUCAAUCCGGAGCUUGUCCUAAAAGUUACCGAGGCUUUUGAAAAGGGAGGUUUCAGUAAGGGUCUUUUUGAGGUAACUAAGUUUUACGUUGUCUUGGAGGUAUUCUUCAUGGUGGAGAAUGUGAAAAAGGCUAUUAUGAUUGAUGAGCAUGUGUCUGAUAGCUUGACGACGUCCAUGGUGGAUGACGUUUUCUAUGUCUUGCAAAGCUGUUGCCGAAGGGCAAUAUCCACUUCCAAAAGCGAGUCUGUGGUUUCUGUUUUGUACAGUGCUGCCAACUUGUUGAGUAAUGAGUAUCUUGAAGCUUUGCAGCAGAAGAUGAGGGAGCCAAAUCUUGGUGCAAAGCUGUUUCUGGGAGGCGUUGGUGUUCAAAAGACUGGAACAGAAAUUGCUACAGCUUUAAAUAAUGUGGAUGUCAGUAGCGAAUAUAUCCUCAAGCUCCGGCAUGAGAUUGAGGAGCAAUGUGCAGAGGUAUUUCCAGCAUCAAGUGAUCGAGAGAAAGUAAAAUUUUGUCUGCCCAUGUUGGUGGAGACGAGCAACAGUUUCAAGCAGGCACUAAAUGCUGGUAUGGAGCAACUUGUAGCUACUGUCACUCCUCGUAUACGCUCAUUUUUGGACAGUGUGGGAACCAUUAGCUAUGAAUUAUCUGAGGCCGAAUAUGCAGAUAACGAGGUUAAUGAUCCUUGGGUCCAGAGGCUUCUUCAUGCCGUUGAAAGUAAUGCAGCAUGGCUUCAGCCUGUAAUGACUGCCAACAACUAUGAUACCUUUGUCCAUCUUAUCAUAGAUUUCAUCACCAAGAGGCUUGAAGUCAUUAUGAUGCAGAAAAGGUUCAGUCAACUUGGAGGUUUACAGCUUGACAGAGAUACUAGGGCUUUGGUAAGUCAUUUCUCAAGCAUGACUCAGAGAACUGUAAGAGAUAAAUUUGCUCGACUUACCCAGAUGGCUACCAUUCUAAAUUUGGAAAAGGUCUCUGAGAUUUUGGAUUUCUGGGGUGAGAACUCGGGGCCAAUGACCUGGAGGCUGACUCCUGCAGAGGUGAGGAGAGUGCUGGGUCUGAGAGUUGAUUUUAAGCCUGAAGCUAUAGCUGCUCUGAAAUUGUAAUCCUGUUGUAGGUUUCUUCAUUUUUUUAUUCUGUUUCAUAUUCUUGUUUUCCCCUUUUUAAAAUUUUCUUUUCCUUAUAUUAGUUUCCGUUUUGCUAUAUAUAUAAAUGAAGUCUUUUGCGGUGAAGAAUGUUCAAACUCCUGAGCUGUAUCAUCUAAAGAAUUUUUCCCUUGAUCUAAUGAACUUUUUUGCUUACCUAUUUGAA